AUGGGUGUGAACAAAUUUUUCACGAGCGAGAGCCCUUUAUCUGACCCAAGUCAAAGAGCCAAGAAACUUGACUCAGAAUCAGUCGAGCUACGGACACUAGAUAUCGACACUGCAAUCAACAGCGAUGGUAACUCGGAGACUGGUGAGGGCCACAUUCAGGAGGGCAAAGUCAAGCGAGCUCUUAAACCGCGUCACAUUUCGAUGAUUGCACUUGGAGGAACGAUCGGUACGGGUUUGUUCGUCGGUAUCUCGAGUCCUCUUUCUAAUGCAGGUCCUGUGGGUGCUUUGAUUGCUUACAUCUUCAUGGGCUCGAUCGUAUAUUUUGUGACGCAGGCAUUGGGAGAAAUGGCAACAUUCAUCCCCGUCACAUCUUCUAUCACUGUUUUCGAAGCGGUUUUUGUCCCCAGCGUUCGGUGUUGCUAACGGUUACAUGUACUGGUUUAACUGGGCCAUCACGUAUGCGGUUGAGAUUUCCGUUGUAGGUCAAGUGAUUCAGUAUUGGACCCUUGCUGUCCCAUUAGGUGCUUGGAUUGCCAUUUUUUGGGUCAUUGUGACGCUUGCCAACUUUUUUCCCGUCAGGUUCUAUGGUGAAGUAGAAUUUUGGGUCGCAUCUAUCAAAGUUAUCGCCAUUAUUGGCUUUUUGAUUUAUUCCCUGGUGGUUGUAUGCGGGGGGUCAAGCCAGGGACCAAUUGGAUUCCGCUACUGGCGCAAUCCUGGCCCAUGGGGUCCUGGCAUCAUCGCCGCCGGUGUUGGCGAAGCGCGCUUCCUAGGGUGGGUUUCGUCGCUUAUCAAUGCUUCAUUUACUUACCAGGGCACAGAACUUGUCGGAAUCUCUGCAGGGGAGGCCGCCAAUCCGAGAAAAACGGUUCCAAAAGCAAUCAACAAAGUUUUUUUCAGAAUCUUGUUUUUCUACAUUUUGUCCUUGUUUUUCGUUGGUCUCCAAGUUCCUUUCAAUGAUCCCCGUCUAGCCAGUGACACUGCUGUGAUCGCGGCUUCGCCCUUCGUGUUGUCUAUACAAAACGCGCAUACCAAGGUUCUACCGCAUAUCUUCAAUGCUGUAGUUAUGAUCACCAUCAUAUCUGCGGCGAACUCCAAUGUCUACGUUGGAUCAAGAGUGCUGUACUCAUUGGCUCGCACCGGUAAUGCACCAAAACAAUUUGGCUACGUCACCAGACAUGGUGUUCCAUACUUGGGUGUCAUUGUUACUGCUUUGUUGGGUUUGCUGGCGUUUUUGGUUGUGGAUCACAACGCCAAUGUCGCAUUUAACUGGUUGAUCAACAUCUCCACGUUAGCUGGACUCUGCGCCUGGCUGUUUAUCUCCAUUUCACACAUAAGGUUUAUGCAAUGUUUGAAACAGCGUGGCAUUUCAAGAAACGAUUUGCCCUUCAAGGCUAAAUUUAUGCCAUGGGGCUCCUACUACGCGGCCUUCUUUGUUUUCGUUAUCAUUUUCAUUCAGGGCUUCCAGGCAUUUACACCAAAAUUCCAAGUUGCAGAAUUUUUCACUGGAUACAUCUCUCUCAUUUUACUCGCUGUGCUUUUCAUCGGCUGUCAACUCUUCUACCGUUGUAGAUUCUUUACCCGCGUAGAGGAUAUCGACAUAGAUUCCGACAGAAGGGAGAUAGACGCCAUAAUAUGGGAAGAGGAGGAACCAAAAACGCUCUGGGAUAAAUUUUGGACCGCCAUAGCGUAA